AUGGCCGACGUUCCCGCUACAGACCCCUCCAUCUACGCCUCCUACGAGUCCAAAUGGGCAACCCUCCCCUCCACCGCAGAGGAAUGGCUAUCCCGCGCGCGCGAAGUUGCUGAUGUCCUUGCGCAAGAUGCGCCGCAGCGGGAUUUAGAGCAUAAAUCGCCGCGCGCGGAAGUUGUGCUUCUCAAGCACUCCGGAUUGCUCAAAUUGCUGGGACCAAAGAGGUAUGGUGGUGGUGAGCAGCCGUGGACGGUGGGGUACCAGGUGAUUCGGGAGGUUGCGAAGGCAGAUGGGUCUAUUGGAAUGCUCCUUGGUUACCACCUUUUGUGGUCGACAACUGCCAAUGUCAUCGGAACACCCGAGCAAAUUAAGCGCACGCACGAGGCCAUCAUCUCGAAUAAUUACUUUGUCGGUGGUGCUGUGAAUCCCCGCGACAGUGACCUCAAGAUCAUCUCCGACGGCGACAGUAUCAUCUUCAACGGCGCCAAGUUCUUCAACACCGGUGGUGUUGUUUCUGACCUUACCGUUCUCGAGGGUGUGCUUGACGGCACACAAGACCACGUUUUUGCUAUCGUGCCCACAAAUCAACCGGGUAUCCAAUUCGCGCACAACUGGAGCAACGUCGGGCUACGCCUGACCGAAUCUGGUGGCGUGAAGAUCGAUAACGUCCGCGCGCCAUGGGAAGAUGCCCUUGGUUGGGAUGCUGCAUCUAAGCAACCGCGCGAUGAUACACUCAAGAUUCAAUUCCCCAGCUUAUUGCUUCCCUCCAUCCAACUCGUCUUCGGCAACUUCUACCUCGGCAUCGCCCAGGGCGCCCUAUCCUUCGCCUCCAAAUACACAACCACAAGUACCCGCCCCUGGCCGUUUGGUGGGGACAACAAGGCCUCCGCCACAGAGGAAUUCUACAUCCUCGAGCGCUAUGGCAACUUCUUCGCGCACUUGCGCGCCGCAGAAGCCCUGGCCGACCGCGCCGCUGAGCAGCUCUCCUCGCUCUACGGUACCUACGGGUCUAACCGGGGUGCACUGACUUCGCGUGAGCGUGGGGAGGUUGCGGAGUGGGUUGCGAGUGUUAAGGUUGUUACGACGGAUACGGCGCUAAGAGUUACGAACGGGGUGUUUGAGGUUACUGGGGCGAGGGCGACGGGGUUGAAGGUUGGCCUGGAUCGGUUCUGGAGGGAUAUUCGCACGCAUACGUUGCAUGAUCCUGUGGCGUAUAAGAACCGGGAGUUGGGGAGAUACGUGUUGCUUGGGGAGGUUCCGGAGCCGACUUGGUAUACUUAA